UCUGCGCUAUUAGCAUUUAAGUAACUAGCGAACUUUUGAUGAGACGUGGAACUAGCUUGGUAAAGACGUAACGUUAACUGAUUUUAAACCGUUAACUAUGCUUAUUCAUUUUGCAUUUGGACUUUAUGUGAUUUGUGUAAUACAUUACGAAGUUUGUAUGCAUUUUUGUGUUUAAUGUGACUUGAAACUAUUAGCUACCUUCCCUCCCAUUUGUCAUCAUUACUCACCCUGAAGUUGUUCCAAAUCUUGGGAUCCAGUUGAGCCAUUAAUGGAGAUGAAAGACCCCUCAGACACUCUGUCUCUGCUCUCAUCGUCCUACAGUGUGUCUGCGACCUACACACCACCACCAUCAGACCUACCAGCGUCAAUCAUAAAGUCAGAACUGUGUCUAGACACCAUGUCUGAUUCAAAACGCAGAAAGACCUCCACACCCUGCCCAUCAACCUCUGUCUGUCCUAAAGCAGAGGAUACUGAGCGUCUGACACCUGUGGGCUCAAGAAAAAGAACCAGAGCCUCUGUGGAUAAAUGCCAUGUUUGUAGGAAAGAGUUUAAAACAACCAGUGCUCUCAAAACACACCUGUUGUUCCACAGACAGGACGGGCCUCAUAUAUGUGACAUCUGUCAGAGAGCAUUUAAACACUAUCAUCAGCUCACAUCCCACAUGAUAACCCACAACAAGAGGAAGACCUAUUACUGCGCUCAGUCUGGCUGCCACAAAACCUACGAUGACAAAAACUCACUAAAGCAUCACUGUGCCUCUCGACACGGAGUCCACCUAACGUCUCCUUCCUCCUACGGCCUUGCUUCCAGCUAUGGUCUGCCAACCUCAGCGUGGGGGCCAACGGUUAAUCUUGCUGCGUCCAGCUACUUCUUUACCUCUCAACCAAAGCCAGUUUCAGCUUCUGUGCUAAAGCAUUCUGGUUAUUCUGGAAAACUCUUUGGUUCUUAUGACGGGGAAGAGCUUGGGAUGGGGCGCUACUCAGAAGAUACCCAUCCCUCUCAGGUAAGACAUUCAACGUGUCAAGAAAUCUGGUCUUCAGCGUCUGCCAGUGAAUCUUAUAAGGUUGAAGAAAGCAAUAGGAUGCUAAACUCCACCCAGUGGACGCUGGGUAUCGAUGCUAUUGAUGAAAAUCCAGUGGUUUCACGGAACCCAUUUGAUGUACAUGGUUUAGAAACCAGUCUUGAUUUUCCUGAAUCUUAUCCUGAAAAACUGAAAGAGAUGCAGUCAUUUCAGCCUAACAGAGAGGCAGCUACCACCAUUUGCUCCAAGCAGCAUUGUCCCAUACUACUGAAACACAGUGUAAAGGAGCCCAGACAUCCCAACAAGUUAAAGCGACGGCGCACCUUUUCCACUGUAUUAUACCCUAAACCAAAGAGUGAUUUUGACUCUAACCUUGCUGAUCCUGGACUUGCUUCUCCUCCUGCAACACUUCCCAACAGCAGGAAGAGGAAGUCCUGCUCUAAGGACACCCUGUCUAAUGUUCCAACUCCUCCACUGCCUGUUCCUCAGCCCACUUGUCAUAAACGUUCACGAUCACGCUCUUCCUACAUUGUCUCACCUAGUCAGGUGGCACUUGCAUCCUUCAGCACUUACCUCGGCAACCAGUUUUUACAAAAGGAGCCCAUUUUGAAAUCAACAGGAGAGGAGCCAAACUCUGGCUGCAGAACAUAUAAAAGAAUUACAUCUGUACGCACAGCUCAAACGCAGCCCUCAAGAAAGUUCUCAAGUUCUCAAGAAACUCUUGCCUCUGGUGGAACAAAAGAGGAACAUGAUUCACAAGCAUCCACCUCAACACUGGAUGAAGGACACAAGGGGGCUUCAGGACAGAAGUCCAAAGGGACAAACCUGUCCCCACUGAUCAUGCCUGUGUCUGUCCCAGUCUCUGUGACAAACGUUUUAGGUCCCCAAGCAUCCACACAUCAUGCUAAGAAGUCACAGGCUCAUAAAGGUGCAUCUAAGCGGUCUCGUCAUCUUGCUCCUUUAAACUGCCUCAUCAUCCCCAGUCCACCUCUGCCUCGUCUGUCUUCCCCACAAUGCACCAACGAUAAGGAAACCCAGGGUUUGCAGAGAAGCUGUAGCACGGGUGGUUUCCCCAGCCAGUUGCGCUCGCCAAACUAUCUGGCAGACAACCCGCUGAGCCCUAGUUCACAUCCCCCACCCUACACUCCCCAGCCUAUGCUGAGCCCUCUCCGUCCUGGGACAGGCCUGUACUCUAAAAGCGUACCACAGCAGCAGUCAUGCCCAUCUCUACCCAGCACCUGCGAUGGUGCCUCCUUCCCAAUCGACAACACAGUCAUCAACAUACAGCCGAGGAUUAAUGUGGGUUCACAGUUUCAAGCUGAGAUUCCCCCAUUGCGGGACACGCUGUACCUGCUGUAUGAAGAGCACCCUGCUCAACUCGUCUGGACUCCUUGGAAAGAUCUCUCUACCAACACAGAAACACAACAGAGGGUCACAGAGCUGUUAGACAUGUGCUGUUCCAGUGUGCUACCAGGAGGAGGCACCAACAUUGAAUUUGGUCUCCACUGCCUUCAUGAAGUUCAGGGAAACAUAAUGGCAGCACUGGAUUUACUCUUAAUGAGAGGAGAUUUUCGCACCUCCUGGCAUCCUCUGAAUGAUUACCACUACACAGGGUCAGACCACUGGACCGUGCAAGAAAUGAAAGUGUUCAAGAAGGCUCUGAUUGACCACGACAAGGACUUUCAACAGAUUCAUAAUGUGUUGCAGACAAAAUCAGUAGCCCAGUGUGUGGAGUAUUACUAUAACAUGAAGAAGCUGAAAAAGUUCAAGCAAUGUGUCCGAGCCACAAAUAAAAAGGAUGAAUGUGGAGAGAACUCAGCAUUCAAAUGCUCACAAAAGCUCCAGCCAGAGCAGAUAAAUGGGAACACAGGACAGAAGAAAACAGCUGUUCAGAGUGACUUACAUGCCUUCAAAUACAUGGAAGAUGUGAAGAGCCACAGUUCCCCCUCUGUCAGGACAGAAACUCACUCCAGAUGGCGGUGGGUAAGGACACAGGUCAAAGCAGAAGACUAAAGUGAACUACAGUAUUUCAUAAGAACCUUUCAUAAAGUGCUGAAGUGUGCUUUAGACUACAGUAAAUAUUCAAUUCGUGGUCCAGCGAAGAAUAUGGAUCUUUAAAUUAGGCAUAAAUAAAAAACAAAAACUUCUCAUUAAAAGAAUCGCCAACUUUAACUGUUUACAUUUUUUCAACUGUUUAUUCAUUGUUCAAAUGUUAAGAAGUGCACAAGGCACUGAAGUUAACACUAUUUGAAGUUUU